AUGCCCAGGAGCUGCGGUGCCAUCACGGUCGCCUGUGAGGAGAAGGACGCGGUGUGCUCCCUCGAGCGUGCUUACCAACCCGCAGCGGCCGAUGACCCAGAAAAUGAAGGUGCCGUCUAUCCUCCUGAGGCCAUCCCCAGGAAGAAGAAGCAGCAGCUCCAUCAAGGGCUUCAGGAGAGCGAGCCACCCGAGCUCGAGAUCGAGCUCGAGCUCCGCUGCCUCGGCUCGUCGGUGUUCGCGUGCCGGAAACGGCCGGAACCGUCGACGCUCGAAGCUCCUCCGCCGCGUGACCUCGUCGCCGGAGAACCAGGCCACCCUGGCGACCGCAAUCACCUCCACCCGAAUGGCGACUCGACGCUGAGUCCAGCCGUACCCUCGCCCAACCUCGCUGUGCCCUGCAUCGACGCCGGUGAGCUCGCCGACCCUCUGUCGCGGGAGCCACCCGAGCUCGAGCUCCGCCGCCUCGGCUCGUCGGCGUUCGCGUGGUACAGGGCUCCUCCGCCCCCGUUCUCUCUCGAUCUGGAACCCCCAAGCACCCCUGAUCAUUUCCCCUUUCUCCCCCGCUUCUUUUGCAGCCGGAAACGGCCGGAACCGUCGACGCCCGAAGGUCCUCCGCCGCGUGACCUCCUCGCCGGUGAACCAGGCCACCCCGGCGACCGCAACCACCUCCACCCGAACGGCGACUCGACGCUGAGUCCAGCCGUACCCUCGCCCGACCUCGCCGUGCCCUGCAUCGACGCCGGUGAGCUCGUCGACCCUCUGUCGCGGGGUUAG